AUGGAAGAAGAAGCGUUCUCCUCGUCGCUCUGCUGGAGCGUGUCAGAGCGCCGUUACUACCAAUCUCCGUUCAGCACGGCGACGCGCAUGUCCGACGCGCUCUUCGAGCGCAUCCAGCGCUACACCAAGACACACGCCGCGUGCACCGGUGCCGUCGCCGAUUGGCCGGCCUUCUUCAACGAUCCUGCGCAGGGGCUCAGCAACAGCAGCGGGGCAGCCGAUGCGACUGUAGACUGCAAGUACUUGCUGUGGCUCGAGCCCACGUUUAACGGCCUGGGAAAUCAACUGCUCUCGCUCGUCUCUGCCUUCGUAUACGCCCUUCUCACCGACCGCACGCUGCUGAUCAGCCCUGCAGCGUUCAACGCGCGUCUCCUCUGCAACCCCUUCCCCCACUCCUCCUGGCGCCCAUCCUCGCUAUCCUCUGAAGACUUCGAUCUGAUGGCAGCAGUGGCGCGGAAUCACAUGGUGGGGCGCAUGGUGGGGAUGGACGAUGGGGCGAGAGGGGGAGACGAGGAGCAGAGGCACCCCAAUGCGGCCUUCAGCGACCUCAGCUGCAGAGCCAACGUCUCAGAUCUCGCGUUUUACUGUUCCAAGGUGAAGAAGCAGAUCUCGGCCGUCCGUUUCCUGGGGCUCGAUACAGAGGAAUACAUCCUGCCAGCCCUCUACCUCGUCCCUGAAUUCGAUGCUGAGUUGGAGCUUUUAUUCCCCGACCGCCUGCCGUUGAUGCACGUGGGGCGCUACCUGCUGCACCCCGCCAACUACCUCUGGGAGGAAAUCACCCGCGCCUUCCGAGCCUACCUCGCCCCGUACCAACACAGGGUCGGCAUCCAGAUCCGGGACUUCACCACGGAAACUGCCGAUGAGCCGCACGUGAUUCAGCGCACGAUGCAGUGUGCUGUGAAUAUAUCCAAGGGGCUGCCUCCCCUGAUGGAGCAUACACGGUGGAAGAGCAUUAUGAAUGAAGAGGUCGCCCCGACUGCAGUGGAGCAGCAGUGGCUGGAUCAACCACGAGACAAAGCCUAUGAAAGCAGCAGCCCACGCAGCAUAGGCGUGUUGGUGGCAUCCCUGAAACGGUCCUAUCAAGACGCCAUCCGGGAUGCUUAUGUGGAGGGGUUGCCGCUGGGGGGACACGACGUGGCUGUUGCCAGCCUGAGCCACGAGUCGGGGCAGACGUAUGGAGAGGAGAGACAGCUGGAGCUGGCUCUGAAGGAGAUGUGGCUGCUUUCCAUGUGCGACCUGCUGCUGGUGAGUGACAGCUCCACCUUUGGCUACAUGGCCGCAGGGCUGGCGGGAGUGAGUCCCUACUCGCUCAACAUCGUGCGGCGCAUGGGCGCCGACUGGGACGUCAACGGGCGGCCCGAGUGUGAGGUCACCACGCCCGAGCCCUGCUACCUGUCCAUGCUGGAGCCCCAGCAGCAGCAGAUUCAGUGCCCCGGAGAGCCUCCCAAAUCGCCUGUAGAAAUGUCCCCCAAGGUCAAAUACUGCCCAAACUACAAGAUAGGAAUCGCGUUGGACGUUCCAAACCCCAAGCAGUACGAGACAUUCAAGAGGUCAUAA